AUGGCGCUCUGUGCUUUAACUCUAAGCUUGGCAACACUUGUUUGUUCUCUAUCAGUUUUCGUUUCACCUGGCAAAGGAAAUGUAUUAAUAAGACCAGGUAAGUAAAAAAGAUAAAGUGUUACAAAACUUCAUGCAUUCGUUAUCAACCAAAUGAAACUAACAGUAGUGUUACUUCGAUGAGUUUACACUAAUCCUUCACCUUGAACUGUUACUUAAUUUAACUAGCUGAGAAAAUGCAAACAGUUCCUGCUACAUUUAUAGACGGGUGUUCUAGCAGCUUGUCUUGAGAUUUUGAUGGAAUGCAUGUUGCAGCGUGAAGCAGGACCUCAAGAAGCCGUAUACAAAGGGAUGCAAACAUUGUAUAAAAGUGAUACAUAAUAUCGCCCCCUACGGGAAUUUAUACAUGAAAGCUUUUAAAUGUCCAAAGUUAGUGAACGGGCUUUCUCAAAAUCAGCGUCUGCUAACUUCACCUUACUUCGCUCCUGUUCGCUAAGUUUUGAUUUCUGGAAACCCUACGUAUUUCAGCAUCAAACACGGUAGGAAAACAAUGUCUAGCUUGCUCCUGGCGUUCACAUAGUAGAGCGCGGCAGUCAGAUGGUGGGGAGCGAGUUAGAUCGUACACAGGGAAAACGGGGAGGGGGGGGGGGGGGGNNNAUUUUUCUUCGUGAAUUUUUCUCCCGCGCUCUACUAUCUGAUCGCCUGGAACAGGCUAAGAUAUGUCAUUUCAAAGCCCUUCCCUCAACUUUCCUGUUCAAUGAACAUACCGUAUGUUUCAUAGCCGAGCGACAGGAUUACCUAGAGAGGUGGGGUAGAGAGGAUAGAGCUAGAAAAGCCUUCUCCCGUUAAAAUUUCCCUCCCUGUUCCUAAGGAGGGCUUGAUAUUCAGGUUAAUUUGUGCACAACAUAGCUGACAGCAAUAAAAUGGAGGAUACCAACUAAGAUAGAGAGCAAAGAAUCGGACGUGCAAACACGUGGGACGUUGUUCAGGUUCUGGAUUUUUGCCGAAAGAAACAUUAGACAUACCUUUCAACAAAGUUCUAUCACUAUUUUUUUAACUAUCGCCAGUGCCCAAAUAAGAGCAAACAAUUAACUUUCUUUCCGUGAAAUAUCUGAAAACCAAUCAAAGUACCAGGCGACGGUAACGAGUCCCCAUUAAAUAUAUUCUUACCAGGAUUUCUUCCAUAAACUUGGCUCUUGCAGUGUGAACUACAUUGGCAUGUUUCCACUGUCUCCCCCACCCAGACUGGAGAUCCGAUUAACUCUGAUUCAAAACAUAAUUUGUAACCUUUCCAGUUCAUUAGCCUAGUCAAUCAAACUUACAAAGAAUAAUGUUUUGGUCCCCUCCAGAUUAAGCCGUUUAAGACAAAAAAGGCCUUAUUUCCAAAACCUCUCACGCAACCUUGUACAGUCGACUCUCGAUAACUCGAACCUUCAAGGGAAAUCGAAAAAAGUUCGAGUUAUCUGGAGCUCGACGAAAAUAGCCGAGAGUAAGGUAAAAAACAGUUUUUACUGCACAGUGAACAUUUUAAACUCAUUAAUUCUAGAAAUGUCAAGUGAAAAUUAAAAGAUACUUCUAGAUUAUAAACCAGAACGUAACGUAACAAAACAUAGCCUAGAUAGAGCAUGCGUUUUACUGUUUUGAGAAGUAAAGCUGCUUCACGUUAGCCUGUGACAAUCAACAUCAGCCUCCACUAUACUCCUACAACACGUCAAUAGGAAAUCCAAAUUCAAUGUUUCCGACGCCAGUAGACGGCUAUUUUCCCGACUUUUUAAGGGCUCAAAACAUGGUUCGAGUUAGCCUCUCUCCCCAGUCCCCCUCUACUUUUCAUCGCUUUCUUUACUUCACACCGCUCUCCACUAUCUGAACGCUUGGAACAAGCUAGGUUCGAGUUAUCGAAGGUAAAAUUAUAUAGAAAAUGACCGGAGGGGGAACGAAAAUUGGUUCGAAUUAGCGGGAGUUCGAGUUAUCGACUGUUCGAUUUACCAAGGGUAAAAUUACAGUGAAAGUAUGACGGAAAUCCAGGGGAAAUCGAUUUUGGUUCGAAUUAGCGCGAGGUUCGAGUUAGCGAGGGUUCGAGUUAUCGGGAGUCGACUGUAAUUCCCGGAAGGAGGGAACAGUGGGACGAGGUUGCCUCCCACGCAGGCGCUUUUAGGGCCUUGGGCUUGUGGGAUCAGGCCACGUUUUUACCUUAUAUAGUCUUGCAAAAUAGUGCUAGUUUUUUUACGGGAGAGUGUUCUUAGUGUUCGUAGCAGAGGGCUGUUUUUUGGGCGAAAGAACGGAUUGCGAGGAUUCGCUCGUCCGUACGUUCCCCUCGCGCGUUCUUUAAAAACUAACCAGAAAAAAUUUACUGGCGCAGACUAAUUUUUUUUCUGGAUUAUUAAAUAUUAAUAUUAACAUUAACUUGUCUGUCUCUUCCCAGUCCCUUCUUCUCCCUCAGAUGGGGCUCCGGCGAAAACAGGUGAGUUCUCGUAAUUUUGAGGGGCGUGGUGCAUGAAGGGACAAUCUCUAUUGCGGGCACCUUUUUCGUAGGGUAGGAUUAUCAGAGACAGGUGCCUUGAACUGUUAUAAUUAGGAAAACCAAAUUAAGAUUAUCCCUCGCACUGAAGGGGCAGAAAGCGCAUUUGUAGGCUAGACUUUCAUGUAAGUCUUGACUAACAUCGAUUAAAAACUAGGUUGAUGACAAAUGUUUCUGCUUUGAUUGUGACUAGCCCAUGAAAAGGGGGAAAGGAAGGAACAGGAAGUCCCCCGAAACGCGAAAAAACAAGGAAAGGGCGCUAAAACCCUUGGUCACCUCCCUUGCUUAGACUGAGAAGAAAGGAAACUAUGCACAGUGUACUUGUGGUUAACGUUUUUAAGUCUUUUUGAUUUUCGAGAAACGAAAGGCAAGACCCCAUACUUCCGUUGCACUAAAGUGCAAAGAUAAUUCGACAGUUAGCGUUUCGAUUGAGACUAAUAUGACAGGAAAAGGUAAAUUUUACAACGAUGUCUCUUUAAAAUGUCUAUGUGUGCUAACUUUAUAACUUUCUUUCCCCAAAAGGCUUGUCAAGAAUCACUCCAGAAAGCGACGAGACACACAUUAAUCAAGGUGUGGCACUUGACCUACUUUUACCUCUUGUUUCGCCCUGUAAUGCCUAG